AUGAGAGACCAAAAAAAAUAAAGAGAAACACAACCAUUUCAAUCUUUACGUACGCGAAUCGUCUAAAGUAGUUAAAAUAUUGAAGGGGAUACUCCAGAGCAUAAGUAGUAAUAGAAAUAUGUAUCCAUAUUAAAAAGGUAUUUUACAACUAUAAAGAUUACUAUAAGUUUUAUAAAUUCAUUAAAAGAAUAUUCAAAAAAGGAACAUUUUCAAAGAAUGGAUUCAAUUUAAUUUAAUAGGGUUUCAAUGAUUCCAUUUUAUCCUGAUGAUAUUAUUGUUAUAAAAUGGAAAUAUUUUGUUGAAUUUGUAACUUUUUUGAGUGUAAUAAUUUAUCCAAUUUAUAUUUGCUUUAAUUUAUUUGAGUAAUUAGAGUUUACAGUUUUAAUUUUUGAUAUUGUAUUUAUAAUAGAUAUUUUAAUGAAUUUUAAUACUGGAUAUAUUGAUGAAAACAAUAAUUUGAUUUUAAAUUACUAAUAAAUCUGUUAGAAUUAUAUAAAAACAUGGUUUAUAUUUGAUUUGAUAUCUGCAAUACCUAUUAUAAGACAUGAAGAAGGUAAAAUGAAAUUUUUUAAAAUGAUAAGAGUAUUAAAAUACUUUAUAUUCAAGAGAUAAAUCACAUACAAGGGGUAAAAGAAUUAUGUUAAAGUGAUUGAAACACUUGAUCCUCAUUAUGAAUUUUAAUUGAAAACAGGCACAAAAUAUUUAAUAAAUGUUUUAAUAACAUCAUGUUUAUUAGUACAUAUAUUUGGAUGUUGGUAACACUAUUUUGAUUAAGGUGAUUAUAUAACAAAUAUAUAUUGGGCAUCUUAGACUAUUACAACUGUAGGAUAUGGAGAUAUAUAAACUUAACAUGAAUUUUUUAUUUUUUGGAUGAUAAUAGGAGUGGCAUUUUAUUCAUUUACAAUUGGUGAUUUUGCUUUGUUAAUGGAAAAAUCAAAAGCAAAUUAAGAAUAAGAGAUUCUAUUUUUAGUUGAAUAAUUAGGUAAUGCUAGAAAAUUACCUGACAAAUUAAAAUACAAAUUCUUAUAAUUCAUAAAAAAUAAUAUGAUUCAUAAUCCUUUUUGGUCAGAGGAAUAUAGAUUAAUGACAAAACAAUUGCCACAUAAUUUAAAAUUAUAUAUGUCUAUUAGUGCAAUGUUAGAUUUUUGUAAAUAAAUUCCAUUUUUUCUUUAUGAUAUCAACAAUACCUUUUAGUUAUUGAUAAAUAUUAGAUAUAUGAUUGUAGAGGAAGGAAGUAUUAUCUAUAGAGAAGGCCAAAAUUCUAGUGAAAUUUUCUUCCUAUUAGAUGGAGAUAUUAGAAUAAUGACAAAAGACAAGGGAUUAUUAUUGAAUAUAUUGGAAGGUACAAUGUUUGGAGAAUUUGAAGCAAUUGAAGAGAAAUUGAGAGGUACUUAUUGUAUAGCAUAAAAAAAAUCGAUUUGCUUAGUUAUUCCAUACAGAAUAUUAAGAAGAUCUAUGGAAUAGAGUUCAAAAUUGGAUUUUGAAAUUAAAUAGUUACAUCAAAGAAGAAGAAGACUCAUUAUAAAUAAUUUUCAUGAAGAAAAAAGUAAAUUAUUAGAAAUAAAUAAGGAAAGAAAACAUCAUAUAAAAGAUAAGAUGUUAAAAUUUUUACAUAAUCUUUUUUAUAAAUGACUAGAGAAGAGUAUUUAUUGGAAAAGAAGAAAUGCUAAUUAUAAAAUAUGGAAGAGUAUAAUAAAAUGAUGUUAAGUAAAGUCAUUGGAUAAAGAAUACAAAAAGCAUAAAAUUGUUUAGUAAAAUUUAAGAGAUCUGUACAUAGAAUUAUAGAGAUGAAUCAUUUACUUGAUGAUAAUAUGCCAGAUUAAUGGAAAGAAUUGAAUAAUUACCAAAUUAUCAAAAGAGUUUUUCCAAAGAAAUAUUUAAAAUAAAAAUAUGAAAUAAUCUCUUUAUCUAGAAAAUCAUCAUCAGUUCAUUCUCAUUUAAGUAGAUAUGCUAAUUUAAGUUAAUAAUGUUUUUUUCAAAAAUUACCAGAAAUUAGAAUCAAACAUUUAGUUCUUUAACAUGUUAGAUAAACAAGGAAUAAAUUUAUUCCUUUGCAUUAAUCUCUCAAUCAUUAUAUUUAAGAAUAUUAAGAACAAAGUCAAUAAUUAUAAUAAUCUAAAAGGAAAGAAAAUAUAGAAAGAUCUAUUUGGAAUAAAAAGUUUACAAAAAUUUCAUAAACAGUUAUUCUUAGAAUUGAUGAAAUACAAGAAAGUGGAAAUAAAUACUUUUUAUUAAUGCAAAAUUUAAAAAAGAUUGAAAAACUUUGGUUAAAAGGUUCUAUGUACAAAUUUGAAUUAUUUUAAUUAACUCAUGGAAAAGAAAAGACAUUUUAAAUAUGA